UGUGGCUUUAAGGUCUAUGGUAUUAUUUAUUAUCUAUGAGUCUUUGGUUGCUGUAGGAGCAUAGAAUAAUAGUCGUCGACGUAUAGAAAAAGAAAUAAGUUUUUUCACAUUUUUUAAUUCUAAUUUAAUGCAUUUCUCCUGAAAACAAUAUUAUUUUACGGAAUACAAAUGAUGAGCGAAUAUAAAAUAUCACAUAAAGCUAAGAAGCGGAUUAAAGAAGUCAAAAGAAAAGCUCGUCCAGAAUUAACUAAUAAGCAGCAAUGGACUGCUUUGAAAUAUGCUGAAAACUUUGAAGAAUUUUUGAAAUGUAAUGAUAAUGUUGAAAGAGUAGAUAAUAACAAAGUAUCACCAGAGGAGUUUAUCGAAAAAUAUGAAAAAAUAUUUAGACCUGUGGUUAUAACAAAUGUACAGACUAGUUGGAAAGCUAACCAUAAAUGGACUUUAGAUAGAUUAGCCAAAAAAUAUCGAAACCAAAAAUUUAAGUGUGGUGAAGAUAAUGAGGGUUAUAGUGUUAAGAUGAAAAUGAAGUAUUAUGUAACUUAUAUGAGGACAACGACUGAUGACAGUCCACUUUAUAUUUUUGAUAGUAGUUUUGGGGAACAUCCAAGAAGAAAAAAACUAUUGGAAGAUUAUGAAGUUCCUAAAUAUUUUAGAGAUGAUUUAUUUAAAUAUUGCGGCAAUGAAAGGAGGCCUCCAUACCGUUGGUUUGUGAUGGGUCCACAACGUUCUGGAACUGGAAUCCAUAUAGAUCCAUUGGGCACUGGUGCCUGGAAUGCCUUAGUGUUUGGUCACAAAAGAUGGUGCUUAUUCCCAACACAAACUCCUAAAGAAUUGAUCAAAGUUACUGGGGCAAUGGGAGGUAAACAGAGAGAUGAAGCCAUUACUUGGUUUAAACUUAUUUAUCCUAAAACACAGUUGGAGUCAUGGCCACAGGAAUACAAACCGGUGGAAAUUCUUCAAAAACCAGGAGAGACUGUUUUCGUGCCAGGCGGGUGGUGGCAUGUGGUAUUAAAUCUAGAUGAAACCGUAGCUGUUACUCAGAAUUUCUGCAGCCGUACCAACUUUCCAAUUGUUUGGCAUAAGACUGUACGUGGCCGACCCAAACUUUCAAAGAAAUGGAUUAAGGUAUUAGAAGCCAAAGAUCCAGAUCUAUACAAGAUAGCUAGCAGCAUGGAUAUCAACCAAAGUACAGGUGUGGCCUCUGACAGCUCAUCAAGCAGUAGUUCUUCUAGCAGUGAUAGUGAAAGCAGCUCCUCUGAUAGCUCCAGUGAAGAAGAUAGUGGUCAAGAAAGCAUCUCAGCCCACAAGAAAAAGAAAAGAAGGAAAGUAGAUACAGAAUAAAGUAUUUGUUGGUAUGUAAAAAGUGAAAAUUUUGAUAAGAAAUUUAUUGUUAGUUUCUUAUGAAAAAAAAGGUGAAAAAAUAUCAUAUUGUGUAAGCCUUACCCAUUUUGUAUUAUUAGAUUUAAUUGACAAAUUAAUUUUUAUUCAUUGUUAUUAUAGCAAAACAUGAAUAAAAUCAUUACCUUUUUCUUAUGUUAUGAUAUAAACCUUUCACUUUCUUUAAAGUAUUAUUA